CUUCUCUCGUCGACGCCAAGAUGAUCAAGACUGUAAUUCUGCUGGUUUGCGCCGCUCUUCUCGUGGCUUCUGCUGGAGCCAAUCCUGAACCUGAACCUGAACCCGGUUUUGGUGGACACGGAUUCGGACACGGAGGUUUCAGGCAUGGAGGAUUCGGACAUGGUGGAUUUGGACACGGAGGAUUCGGACAUGGAGGAUUUGGACACGGAGGAUUCGGACACGGAGGAUUCGGACAUGGAGGAUAUGGUCGCUGAUAUGUAGCUGACUUAACGCCGAAUGUGAAGUAAUGACUGAAAAUAAAUCUUGAAUAUAUAUGAAAUUAAAAUGUAAAGAUUCUACCUAAAAUUGUAAUUGGAAGAGAUGGCACUGAAUUAUUGACCUUCUCUUUAUAAUUAGGAUAAAGUGAUUGGAAUCCAUAAAAAGCAGAAAGUCUUACGAUGGUAAUAUCGAGACUAAGAACUUGAGCUGAAAAAAAUGAAAUGAUUAUGCUGAUUUUGACUUAAAUUAAAUCAAUUAAACAAAAUCGUAACA